GUGGGCGAAGCUUCUCGAAAGCGAGUGGUAUCAAGCAUGAUCAUGAGGGUGUCAAGCCGUUCAGCUGCCGCAACGUUUGCGGCAACGCUCCUCUGCAUGGGAACAGGCGUCCACGGUGCUACAACCACGGCAACCAACACCGGAACCUCUUCUGUGUGCUUCGACGAGUCUGCCGUCGGUGAUGGAAACUGCGACAGAGACAUCAACUUUGCGGAGUGUGGAUACGACGGCGGCGAUUGCUGCGAGUGUACAUGUGUUGCAGAAGGGGAGUACGAGUGCGGAGCUGGUGGCUAUGCGUGCAUCGAUCCAGCCGCUGAGUGCGUAAACGAUGACGACGUUACCUUCCAGAUUGCUAGCAGUUGCGUCGCCGACAUGAUCGGGGAUGCGUAUUGCGACGAACCUAACAACGUAGAGGAGUGCGGCUGCGAGGCUACCCACUAGACCACCGGGGCGACCGGGUCUGAUACUACAUGUCGUAGAUCGAAUGGUCAGCGUGUUGCGCCUGUGGUGAGCACGGCACUGAUCAUGGUCGUGCUUAAUUAAGCGUUUCGCGCUGCGUCAACCAGCUACUGAUUUCAUAUGCAUCCCUGAACUCAAUGCUGUCCGUUUGGGGUCUCGGUGUCAUCCGAUGGUUCAGUGUUCGACUCAAUGCAUAGAAAGCUUGCGUGUGACAAACAGCAGAAUCCGAGUUGACGAGGCUACGACGGCGGUGACUGCUGUCCUUGCACCUGCGAGGUACGAAAUAUUCGUCUCGACGACGGGGUAGGGGUAGACUGGAUGGAGAAGGAACACCUCAAACCUAAAAAACGCCGCGGUCGGGAGUUCUAAUGUGGUUGGAAGCACUAGUUGGUUCAACUGGUUUAUUGUUCGAAGGAAUGAAGGGAACCACAGCCGUUCCUAGGAUGAUGAUGGUACAAAAGCGUGCUUGCCUGGUGCCAAAAGUCGUGUCCCGCCCACUCGGUUAUUGCUAUUUCUUGGUAAGCAAGCAUUGUCUUUUUGUGGCUUAUCUACCCAUCGUCGUUGAUAUUCUCUUCCGGCGCGUUCUUACAUCACGAUUACCGUGUGAAACGGGGAAGUAUUUUGCAUCCUUGUCGCUGCGCCCUGGCGCUGCGUCCUCCGCCGUUGACUGGAUUGAUUGACCCUGUCAGGACAUCCCCACGUACCCGUGCGGGAGCUUCUCGCGCUUCUCGUGCGUCGACCCCAACGCCCCCUGCGUCAACGACACCGAAGCCCCUACGCCCGUCCCGACUCCGGUGCCGCCGACAAGCCUGACUGCCGCUCCAGUUGUCGUUGCGUCGUCGUCUUCCACCCCGGGGUUCCGCAGAAUGCACGCCGGGGAGAUCGCGGUGACGACGGCCGUUGCCGCCGCCUUUGCGGCCGUACUGGUGGCGUAAGCUCCCUGGGUUUGUGACGCGAGGGUUGGUUUUGGCAAGUGGCUUACAGGGAGUGAAAAAUAACAAACUUUGUGUGGUGCUCGUGGAUGAGAUUUUCUUUGGGCGCUCUUCCUUUGGUUGAAGGCACGCGGCUGUGGCUGGUAAAAUAAUUAUGUAGGAGGCCGUGUUUCCUCCCUGUUCGCCGUCUGAAGAUUCUGACGCCAGGAUGCCCGUUCGAAUCGGCUAGAAGAAGUAGAUAAGAGUAUCAAGCACGCCCUUUCACGAUGAAGAAACGCAAUGUUCCUUCAUGCCAGAGCGUACACGUGUGUAUGCGUGUCGGAAACGACUUGAGUAUCAUCCGCACCUUCAAACGCGGGUAGCUGCUCCCCGUAGGUUUUCACAUUGGCGGCGUUCGUGGUGCCGAGUGCGACGGACCUGCGGUAGUUUUCAUGACACGUUUAGGUUUUAGUUGAUGGUGCGUAGCUGUGGUUGACGGUCCUCUCAAUAGUAUUGAAGCUUCCCGGAAAAAACUUAUAUGGGAUACAAAGACUAGCACUUAUGUUGAGGUCAGAAAUGGCGUUUCUUUGGUUGAAGUUGAGGAGUAAAUCAAAGGAGGGGAUACAGUAGGGGGCCCUCUUUAGUGCCGGUAUGUGUUCAGA